AUGGGCUUUUUGUUGCUCCUGACCCUGCUCAACUUCUACAGCCUCUCCCUACGCUCCUCCUCACACAACUGCUUCGUCUUGGACCCGGCCACCGCGGCCGCCUUCCUCGCAGCCCACGCCAACGCAGCCGCUACCGCAGCAGCUGCCGCAACCGACACCGGCGUUACGCGAAGCUCAAGCCUGCCUUCUCCUUCUUCACUGCCUCCUCUUCUUUCCGUUAGCAAAGGUGGAGCCCAACAGCCGCCACAGGUCCAGAUCGUUGGUACUGUCAAGCGCGUCCUACCGACCCCACUGCCCUCCGUGCCCGUGCCAUCGCCGCCGCGUGCAGUCGCCGUGGCGCUGCCGGGUGGCGGCCAGACGAUGUGGCCGCCGCCGAGCAAUGCCAGCCGCACGGCGCUGUCGCUGACCCUCACGCGGGCUGCCAUUCACGCCCAUUACGCCCAGAUGACCGACCACGCGUACUAUAACGCGAGCGUCAAUGGCGACCUCUACGCUCCGAGGAAGUUGCCGGUGCAGACCAUGUCCGAUGCUUCGAUCUACACCCUGUGGACUGAUGGUCGCGUGAACAGUACGGGCAAGGCGUACCUGCUACACUGCGUCCAUUUUGACCCGUUCUGCGCCGACAUGACCAACGAAUCGCUCUUGGCGCUCUACGACCGCCGCUACGUGCCGCCGCGCUACCACCCGUCGGUCCGCGAGGCCGCCACGGUCUACUUGACCCAACGGCUGGCCAAGCCCCUCGGGCUCGCCCUGAACCGGAGCGACUGGGAGCAGGUCAAGCGCUUCCAGCGCGGCGUCAACACGCUGCCGCCUGCCGUGGCCGUCAUCUACGACGGCUGGGUCACCCGGGCCGGGUCGGUGCUCAACACCGACGUGUUCAUCCCCACCUUUCCCGAGAGCACCAACCUCACCACCUUCUACCGCGAUUUCUUUCUCCCGCCGCCCGCCAACCAGACCAAGCCGCUCAUCGUCCAGUGGGUGCCGGCCAACCCCGACGUCUACGUCCACAUGAGCAUGGGCAACAAGGUCCUCGAGCUGGACUUCCUCCGCAUGCUCAACAUCUCCACUGACAGGAUGAUCUCGGCGCAGUUCGUCAAGGCGGAGGUGAUCUACUACACCCAGUUCAUCAGCCGCGAUGACGUGCCCUCGCUGGGCGUGAGCCAGUUGGUCGGCCACCAGAUCUGGAACGCGCUCGGCCUGCCCGCCGACCAGCGCACCAGCGUCCUGGCCCUGCCGCCGCCGCCGCCGCAGGCCAAGGCCCCACAUGUGUGGGAGGUCAACAUUCUGUGCAUCGUGCGGACCAACCGGUACAAGGGCCGCAUGAUCGCCAACUACGACGAGCUCAAGGCGGCGCUGGCCCAGCUGGCCCGGGACUACCCGCGCAAGCUCACGCAGCGGGGCGUCACCGACCAGUCGGUCGACAUCACCUUCGACGAGCACCUGCCCAACGGGACCCUGCCGCUCACCAUGGCCGCCUACGCGCACGCCGACGUCAUAAUCGGCCCACACGGCGCCGGGUUUGCGUACCUGUCUGCGGCGAGACCCGGAGCCCACGCGAUCGAGGUGAGUCGCACGCAUUCGCACGCGCGCACGCGUCUGACGGAGGGUCGUGGAGAGGAAGGGAUUGUUUGGCGCUGGCACUCACUCCCCAACACUUGUUAUGUACGAUGCCGCAGUUGA